UAAGAAAGCAAGCAGAUGAUGCUAGAUCCUACACCAUGUCAAUGCCAUAUAGAGUUCAAAGAAUAGAAGAGUUUACAAAGCAACUUGAAGCAGGGGAUCUAAAACUUCGAGUCCGAGUUCUCGAGUCUGAAAGAGCUGCUCGGAAAGCAACGACUUUACAAAUGGCAACUAUGUAUACCGUGUUAGGAGGAAAUCUGCUAAAUUUUGGUAUCACUAUGAGCAACCAAGGCAAUGUAGCUAUGGGAAAUGGAUCUUUCAUUGCUGCAGGUAUUUUUAUGACACUGUUUGUCAGAUCCAUGCAAAGGGUAAAGAUGCUUGAUAAGUUUGAAAAAAUGAUAUAAUAAUUGCUUACCAA